GAAACUGAACGUUUGAUACAAGAGCCUGCACCUGGCAUAAGUGCUAAACCUCACGAAGAAAAUCUCCGUUAUUUUGAUGUCAUCAUUGCCGGACCGAGCCAGUCUCCUUUUGAAGUUAUUUUUACCCGAAGAGUAUCCAAUGGCACCACCCAAGACAAGUGGUCGCCGGCUCUUCAAAUUCGUACAGUACUUCUCUCAAUACAGGCUCUUUUGUCGGCUCCCAAUCCAGAUGAUCCAUUAGCAAAUGAUGUUGCACAACACUGGAAAGAAAAUGAAAAAGCCGCCAUUGCUACAGGUGACAUUUUUCUUCAUUAA